CACAGUGUUCUAGCCCUCCAUUAACAGUCUCUUCCCAGUCACAGCAACACAGUGUCCUAGCCCUCCAUUAACAGUCUCUUCCCAGUCACAGCAACACAGUGUUCUAGCCCUCCAUUAACAGUCUCUUCCCAGUCACAGCAACACAGUGUUCUAGCCCUCCAUUAACAGUCUCUUCCCAGUCACAGCAACACAGUGUUCUAGCCCUCCAUUAACAGUCUCUUCCCAGUCACAGCAACACAGUGUUCUAGCCUUCCACCAUUUCCAGCCAGACCCUGUCGUAACUCAGACAAAAUGUCAUCAGACUUUGUGCUGAUGGGAAUUUAGAGCUUCCUUUGUUGUGCCAAAAUAGUUACGAUCACAACUAACUUCCUUUUCUCAGUGAUUGGCAAUGGCUCCUGUUCCUGUGCUGCUGCUGGCCACUCUGGAGGAGUUGGUUGAAGCAGAAUUGAAGACAUUUAAAUGGCACCUGACCCAGGACCUGGUGAAAGGCUUUCCUCACAUCCCAGUGAGCCAGCUGGAGAACACUGACAGACUGGACACUAUAAAGAAGAUGGUGGAGACCUACGGUCCUGAGGGAACUGUGAAGAUCUCACUGGAGAUCCUGAGGAAAAUGAGCCAGAACCAACUGGCUGAAACGCUAAAGAACGAGUAUGAUGAGGGUGAGACAACAGAACCAGCAGUCGAAGACAAACUGAAAUGCUAUCUCAAGAAGAAGUACGGCUGUAUAUAUGAGGGGACGUCAAAGGAAGGGGAUUUUAUCUAUCUAAAUCAGAUCUUCACUGAGCUCCAUGUGUUCGAGGGGGCCUGGGGAGGGUUCAGAGAUGAGCAUGAGGUCAUACAUCUGAACAUCAGAACACCAGCCAGAGGAGAGACCACUGUUGAAGUCAAAAACAUUUUCAAACAACAGUCCGAUCAAAAGAAGCCAAUCAGAACAGUUCUAACGCAGGGCAUUGCCGGUGUAGGAAAGACUGUCUCUAUUCAGAAGUUUAUUCUAGACUGGGCAGAAGAAAAGGAGAACCAGGACAUUGGUUUCAUCUUUCCACUUCCUUUUCGCCAAAUCAACUCUAAUAUAGGUGAAGACGACUGCAGUCUAAAUGAACUGCUUCAUCAAUUCUUCCCUGUCAUGGAACCAAUCAAGAGUCUAAGGAACAAGUCUAAAGUUCUGUUCAUAUUUGACGGUCUGGACGAGUGUCGACUCCGUCUAGACUUCAGCAAUAAGGUCCUGACAGAUGAAACAAAGCCAGCCUCUCUGGACGAAUUGAUCACAAACCUGAUCACAGGUGAGCUUCUGCCUUAUGCUCUCAUCUGGAUAACCUCCCGGCCUGCAGCAACCAGUAAGAUCCCUCGAAAAUACAUCCAGCAGUGGACAGAGGUACGAGGGUUCAAUGACCCACAGAAGGACGAGUACUUCAGGAAGAAAAUCAGUGAUGACAACCUGGCCAGCAGAAUUAUCACACACAUGAAGUCAUUGAGGAGCCUACACAUCAUUUGUCACAUACCAGUGUUCUGUUGGAUAUCAGCCACUGUUCUAGAGAAACUGUUGGGUGAAGCAGAGAGAAGAAAGAUACCUAAGACUCUGACUGAGAUGAACAUACAUUUCCUGAUCUUUCAGAUAGACAGAAUGAGAGAAGCAGAAAAUUCCACAGGAAGUGACAGCAUAGUCCUUAAACUUGGAGAGCUGGCAUUCCGUCAGCUGGAGAAGGGACAUCUUAUCUUCUACAAAGAAGACCUGAGAGAGUGUGGCAUUGAUGUCACAGAAGCAUCAGUGUACUCAGGUUUAUGCACUGAGAUCUUUAAGAUGGAGGGAAGGACGUGUCAGAAAACUAUGUUCAGCUUUGUGCAUCUGAGCAUCCAGGAGUUUCUUGCUGCUGUAUACGUGUUUUUCACAUUCAUAAACUGCAAUGAGAAUCCACUGGUCAAACAGAACACCCUUGUCAAACUUUUGAAAUGGCGGAAACACCAACAACCUAUGAUUGACUUGUACAAGAGUGCAGUAGAUCAGGCCUUACAGAGUGAGAAUGGACACCUGGACCUUUUCCUCCGCUUCCUUCUGGGCCUCUCACUGGAGUCAAAUCAGACUCUCCUACAAGGCCUACUGAACCAGACAGGAAGAAGCUCACAGACCAAUGAGAACAUAAUUGAAUACAUCAAGAAGAAGAUCAGGAAGAAUCCCUCUCCAGAGAGAUGCAUCAAUCUGUUUCACUGUCUGAAUGAACUCAAUGACCAUUCUCUGGUGGAGGAGAUCCAAACCUACCUGAGCUCAGGAAGUCUUUCAGAGGCCGAACUUUCACCUGCACAGUGGUCAGCUCUGGUGUUUGUGUUGCUGACUUCAGAAGAGGACCUGGAAGUGUUUGACCUAAAGAAAUACUCCAGAUCAGAGGAGGGUCUUCUGAGGUUGUUGCCAGUGGUCAAAGCGUCCAGAAUAGCUCUGCUGAAUGGAUGUAACCUCACAGAGAAAUGCUGUGAAGCAUUGGCCUCAGUUCUCAGCUCAAACACUUGUCACAUGAGCGAGCUGGACCUGAGUGACAACAACCUGCAGGAUUCAGGAGUGAUGCUACUCUCUGCUGGACUGGAGAGUUCACAUUGUAAACUUGAGACACUGAGUCUGAAUGGAUGUCACCUCACAGAGAUAAGCUGUAAAAUGUUGUCUUCAGUCCUCACGUCUUCACACCUGAGAGUGCUGGACCUGAGUGACAACACGCUGGAGGAUUCAGGAAUGAAGCUGCUCUCUGCUGGACUUGCGACUCCACACUGUAAACUGGAGACACUGAGGUUGUCAUUCUGUGGAGUCACGAAGGAAGGCUGUGCUUCUCUGGCUUCAGCUCUGAGGUCAAACCCUUUCCAUCUGAGAGGGCUGGACCUGAGCUACAAUCACCCGGGAGACUCAGGACUGAAGCUGCUCUCCGCUGGACUGGAGGAUACCAUGUACAAACUCCAACAUGUCAGUGUUCACCCUGGGGGAGAGGGCUGGUUGUUUAGAAGACUGUACGGCUGUGAUCUCACACUGAAUCCAAACACAGCACACAUAUACCUCUUUCUGUCUGAGGAGAACAGGAAGGUGACACGGGUGAAAGAGAAGCAGCCGUAUCCUGACCAACCAGGGAGAUAUGACUACUGGCCCCAGGUGCUGUGUAGAGAGGGUCUAACUGGACGCUGUUACUGGGAGGUAGAGUGGAGUGGGGAUUGGGCUCUUAUAGCGGUGACAUAUAAAAGAUUAUACAAGACGGGAAGGAGUCGGCUUGGAGCCAGGGACACGUCCUGGAGUCUGGACUGCUGCGGUAACAGUUACACUGCCUGGCACAAUAAUGAAAACACCGACAUAUCUGUUUCCUCCGCCUCCCACUCCAAAAGAGUAGGAGUGUAUCUGGACUGGCAGGCUGGCAUUCUGUCCUUCUAUAAUGUCUCUUCUGACACACUGACCCACCUGCACUCAUUCAAUACCACAUUCACUGAGCCCCUCUACCCAGGGUUUGGGGUUAAGUUUGACUCUUCACUGACCCUGUGUGAUGUAGAUACCAAAGACUUCAAAGCAACUCAACCAUAACAAUGUCGUGUUUUCCCACUGUAACCAAUCCUACAGGCAAUUAGAUGAGUAGUGUUGUUUGAAUUAAUUUGUGCUGUUGCUCCUACAGUAUAAUAUACAUCAUAAUCAAGGUUUUUGCAACUGCACUUGAAGAAACUUUCAAAGUUCUUGAAAUGUUCCAGAUUAACUGACCUUCAUGUCUUAAAGUAAUGAUGUGGACUGUCAUUUCUCUUUGCUUAUUUGAGCUGUUCUUGCCAUAGUAUGGACUUGGUCUUUUCCAAAAAAAGAGCUAUCUUCUGUACACCACCCCUACCUGGCCUGCUGGAGGUCAUUUUGCAGGGCUCUGGCAGUGCACCUCCUUGCACAAAGGCGGAGGUAGCGGUCCUGCUGCUGGGUUGUUGCCCUCCUCCGGCCUCCUCCACGUCUCCUGAUGUACUGGCCUGUCUCCUGGUAGCGCCUCCAUGCUCUGGACACUACGCUGACAGACACAGCAAACCUUUUUGCCACAGCUCGCAUUGAUGUGCCAUCCUGGAUGAACUGCACUACCUGAGCCACUUGUGUGGGUUGUAGACUCCGUCUCAUGCUACCACUAGAGUGAGAGCACCGCCAGCAUUCAAAAGUGACCAAAACAUCAGCCAGGAAGCAUAGGAACUGAGAAGUUGUCUGUGGUCACCACCUGCAGAAUCACUCCUUUUUUGGGGGUGUCUUGCUAAUUGCCUAUAAUUUCCACCUUUUGUCUAUUCCAUUUGCACAACAGCAUGUGAAAUUUAUUGUCAAUCAGUGUUGCUUCCUAAGUGGACAGUUUGAUUUCACAGAAGUGUGAUUGACUUGGAGUUACAUUGUGUUGUUUAAGUGUUCCCUUUAUUUUUUUGAGCAGUGUAUAUACACAGUUGGAGUCCGAAGUUUACAGACACUUAGGUUGGAGUCAUUAAAACUCGUUUUUCAACCACUCCUCAAAUUUCUUGUUAACAAACUAUAGUUUUGGCAAGUCAGUGACAUCUACUUUGGGCAUGACACAAGUAAUGUUUCCAACAAUUGUUUACAGACAGAUUAUUUCACUUAAUCACAAUUCCAGUGGGUCAGAAGUUUGCAUACACUAAGUUGACUGUGCCUUUAAACAGCUUGGAAAAUUCAAGAAAAUUAUGACAUGGUUUAGAAGCUUCUGAUAGGCUAAUUGACAUAAUUGGAGUCCAUUGGAGGUGUACCUGUGGAUGUAUUUCAAGGCAUACCUUCAAACUCUGUGCCUCUUUGCUUGACAUCAUGGGAAAAUCUAAAGAAAUGAGCCAAGACCUCAGAAAAAAUAUUGUAGACCUCCACAAGUCUGGUUCAUCCUUGGGAGCAAUUUCCAAACGUCUAGGUUAGCCAAAGAAGGUAAACAAAAGGUUAACAUAAGUUACCACAUUCAUCUGUACAAACAAUAGUACGCAACUAUAAACAUGGGACCACGAAGCCGCCAUACCGCUCAGGAAGGAGACCCGUUCUGUCUCCUAGAGAUGAACGUACUUUGGUGCGAAAAGUGCAAAUCAAUCCCAGAACAACAGCAAAGGACCUUGUGAAGAUGCUGGAGGAAACAGCUACAAAAGUAUCUAUAUCCACAGUAAAACUAGUCCUAUAUGGACAUAACCUGAAAGGCCGCUCAGCAAGGAAGAAGCCAAUGCUCCAAAACCGCCAUAAAAAAAGCCAGACUAUGGUUUGCAACUGCAAAUGCGGACAAAGAUCGUAGUUUUUGGAAAAAUGUCCUCUGGUCUGAUGAAACAAAAAUAGAACUGUUUGGCCAUAAUGACCAUCGUUAUUUUUGGAGGAGAAGGGGGGAGGCUUACAAGCCAAAGAAUACCAUCCCAACCGUGAAGCACAGGGGUGGCAGCAUCAUGUUGUGGGGGUGCUUUGCUGCAGGAGGGACUGGUGCACUUCACAAAAUAGAUGGCAUCAUGAGGCAAAAUUAUGUGGAUAUAUUGAAGCAACAUCUCAAGACAUCAGUCAGGAAGUUAAAGCUUGGUCGCAAAUGGGUCUUCCAAACGGACAAUGACCCCAAGCAUACUUACAAAGUUGUGGCAAAAUGGCUUAAAGACAACAAAGUCAAGGUAUUGUAGUGGCCAUCACAAAGCCCUGACCUCAAUCCUAUAGAAAUGUAUGGGCAGAACUGAAAAGGCGUGUGCGAGCAAGGAGGCCUACAAACCUGACUCAGUUAAACCAGCUCUGUCCGGAGGAAUGGGCCAAAAUUCACCCAACUUAUUGUUGGAAGCUUGUGGAAGGCUACCUGAAAUGUUUGACCCAAGUGAAACAAUUUAUAGGCAAUGCUACCAAAUACUAAUUGAGUGUAUGUAAACUUCUGACCCACUGGGAAUGUGAUGAAAGAAAUAAAAUCUGAAAUAAAUCACUCUACUAUUAUUCUGACAUUUCACAUUCUUAAAAUAAAGUGGUGAUACUAACUGACCUAAGACAGGGAAUUUUUACUAGGAUUAAAUGUCAGGAAUUGUGAAAAACUGAGUUUAAAUGUAUUUGACUAAGGUGUAUGUAUACUUCCGAUUUCAACUGUAUCUUAUUUUAUUUAUUUUUUUUUUUUUUUUACAGUACCCCAAACUGUCAGUACUGUAAUGCGGCUUUGAUUGAAUUGAGCGUUGCUUUUUUCAUCUGUUCCAAUCGGACCCACUGGUGUGUUUCUAUGGGGUAGCCUAACUCGCAUUGACAAGACAACUUGGGACGAGAAGUGCUUCAGAAGGGUUCAAUAGCAACUUCAUGGAAUGGCAUUGGUUGGUUAACAAAGACAUUCUUAGAAUAGAACUAAGUCCUGAAAAACAAUAACAAAUCUGGAGAAAAAUGUAAAUGAUUAGGUCACCACAAGCUGGUAGAGAACUUUUGAGUUCUUAGAAGAGGAUUUGUUUUUUUUACCAGGUACACAUUCUCAUUUACAGCAACGACCUGGGGAAUAGUUACAGGAGAGAGGACCUUUCGAUAGGAAUUCGAAAAGAUACAUCAUUCAAAACAUUGUAUGAAGGCUGUAUCUCUUUCAUGCCUCAGGAAGUUUUACAUGUGAAGUCUGCAAGUGCCCCUACAAGGUGCUUAACUUGUAGCACAUGGUUACGAGAACAAGGUUAAUACCUAGCUCUGUGUGUUUACUGGGCAGCUGAAAGUUAAGAGCUAUUCCUAGUUUUGCCAUUGCAGUAGGUUUGUUAUAUACACGGCUGUCUUAGGCCGACCUCUUUUAGAAUCAAUAUUCGCCAAGGUUUCAAAGAAUUUAUGUCAUAGCGAACUAUCCGCCGUAGUAAACUCCCGGCCUAGGGAAGGACAUAUUCCCUACAUAUCAAGCAACUAAAACCUUUCUGUGCUUACACCUUAUCUGGGCAUGAUGUUGUGGUAUAAUAUGAUCUAAUGUAAUAAUCCAAUGCUGCACUAGACUCUGUACUGUACCAUACUAUGUUCCUGUUGCAUAAAAUAAGUGAUAUUGC